AUUCCUGAGGCGAUUAAUCAGUAGCCACAUCGAGGCCCACCCAUGCAUGACGCAUCAGCUCAACCGUGUCCCUUCAUGCAUUGAUGGCCAAUGACAACCAAAGCAACACACGAACCCAUCGGGGUCACUGCCCAUUCACCAUCUCACUCAUCGUAGCAAUCUCACAGGCGGCUGUCAAGAAUGGAGCACUUCAGCGUGCCCUAUUCGUAGUGAGCAGCAUGGAUAGUGGACCAUUGUGUGGGGUGGUUAGAGGACAGCCAGUCGCAGAACAACAAUCGCCACGCCAUCGCCAGCACCGUUGUCUCCUUCCAUCCGUCACAGUGCCGAUGUGUCCACAGAAAAGUCAUUGGCACUCAUCUGGUCGAUGCGACUCAACACCUGCGCACAAGCCACACACACACGCAUGGAGCAGCUCCAUGCACAAGUAUCUUUCCCCAUGCUCACUCACCUGGCCCAUUCUGUUGAGCUCUCCGAGUGUCUGCUGCUGUCUUGCGAUCUCCUCCACCUCUUCCUUGGACAUCGGGCCGGCGCGCUGGCUCAGCUGCUGCACUGACUGCUGGUGGAUGGCGGCCAAAGCAGCCGCAUUUGGCUGCACACACACGGCCAGCCAACAGAGAGGAUGGUAUAUGAUUCGUCGUGGUGGGCAUAGGUAUGCAUUUCUCACCGCCAUGUAGUUGGCUGAUGUGUCGGGGUAUGCUGCCGUGACGGUCUCGCCCAUUUCCCUGACACUCUUCUUGACGGGCAGCCCCGCCGCCCGCCGGGCCUCCUGCUCGUCGAGCUCCGCCUGCUUCUGACGCACAGUGUGCUCCAUCUGGGCUGCCUGCCACAUACCCUGGGACUGAUAGAUAGACACAUACACACACAGGCAGGGAGAGGGAGGGGGGAAUGUGCGUUCGAUCCAUCUGUUGGCGUGGGUUUGGUCUGUUUGUUGUGUGUGGGAAUGUUACCGCAGCGCCGCCGAUUGUGUCCUGUAUGUUUGUGAGUCGGCGAUCGACGGCCGCGUCAAAGUCCUUCUUGAGAUCCUUGUCGUCACUUCUCUGAGCCCUGCAUGGACGCGAUGGAGAGGGGAAGGAGAGAUGCGCGUGGGUUGGUGUCUGUGCUGUGUGAUGGUGUGUUGUGUUGUGUUACCUGGGGUUUGGGUUGUCGUAUGCCCAUUUGACAGUGAUCAUCUCGUCUUUCCUGUCGAGCCACUGAUCCAUCAUGGCCACCUUGGCGAACUCGGCCGCAGCCCUGACGACCCAACCCCACCCCCCACACACACAGACAGACAGGCCAUGGCAAAUGGAUGGAUGGAUGUAUGGGUGUGGAUAAGUGAGUGAGGGCGUGCAAGUGCUACCCACCUGUAUUCGUAUUCGACGAAUGCGAUGUUCUUGUUGGGGAUGACGCGCAUAUGGACAAUGGGACCUGCAGACAGACAGUACACACCACAGUCAGUUAUGAAGGGGCUUUAGGUCCGUUCGUUCAUUCACUGCCCCCCGACUCACUCACCCCACAUGGAGAAGUUCCGCCUGACGCUCUCCUCCAAGACGGCAUACCCAUCAGGGAGGCCACUGACAUAAACAAACAAACAAACACACACACGUGAAUGAGAAACCUAUAUGCUCAUCCCUCCCUCGCUCCCUGGCUCCCCGAUGAGCUGAGCUACCCACCCACCGGUCCAUUUUGAGGUCUCCGAUGAAGAGCGUCCUGCAGUCCUUCUCAAAGGUCCCCACACCGCCCAUAUCGUCGCGGUGCUUCAUGUGCCGCUCGCGCCCGAAGAUGUCGUGAGUGUUGUCCAGGUGCUGGUUGUCCUCGCGGGUCGGCACACGGUGGUAGUACCGGCACUCGCGGCCCAACAUGCAGCAACCCUACACACAGACAGACAGACAGGCAGGCAGGCGACACCAUAACAUGGGGGCAUUGUGGCUGGGUGAGAGAUUGGAUGGGUAUCCCAUUCCGCGUACCCUGGCGAAGUAGUAGCAGAAGGCCGGGAAUUCGGUUUCGGGCUGCGUGUCGGCCUUGGUCCAACCAGAGUCACUGAGCAGACACACAGAUGGGUUCAUAUGCUGGCCUGGCUUGGCGCGCUGCGUGGGUGCGGUGCGGUGCGCACGUGUAUGGGUUGCAUCUGGUGGAGGCCGGCUCGCGUUCCUUUCGGUCGAAGCGGUCGCUUGCGUACUUGCCGUACCAGAUGUUGUAGUCCUCAGCACCUGAAUCAUUGCACCAUCAUACACACAUAAGUGGCCACAUGCAGGCUGGCUGGCUGGCUGGCUGUGCCUGUCGUUCUCUCUCCCUCGCCCUCUGCCUCUCCCUCCUCUGCCCACCCACCCACCUUGUGUGUACGAGUAUUUCUUGAACUCUGCCUGCGCCUGCUUCCUGGCAGGCCUGCCCAGCUGCGCCGCGGUGGGUAUCCUUUCGUACUCGAGCACAAUGGGAUCAUAUCGGUACUUGGACUCGUAGUCGGCAUCGGCAGCGUCGUCCUUCUUCCUCUUCUUGCCCCCACCCUGCUCGUCGUCCCCAGACGCCGACACGUGGCCUGCCGUCGGCUCACCAGCAGCAGCAGCAUCUGACCAACAGAGAGCGGAUGAAUGGCAGUGUGUCUCAUGCAUCAAGCCUUCCUGCGUGAUGCCAUCUCUCACCUGCCGGUUUCUCGCCCUCUCCCGUUGCCUCAGUGGGCUGUCCAUUGGCUGUGGGUGGCGCCUCUGGAUCUGUCCAUGACAUCUCGCCUGUGGCGACGUUGUAGAAGUAGGGAUUCUGGCUGUUGGGGUCGACGAACUGCACCCAGAGCGGCUUGGCAGCUCCCGUCAUCGACGGAUCCUCUGACAUGGCGGAAAAUCGAAUGGAUGGGGACGGUCAACAACAGACUGCUGCUAAUAGACUUCCCAGAAGCCAAAGCUGGCCUCAGAAGCU